AUGGAAAUGGGCAUGGCCGGCUGGUUUCUUGGUAUUGCUGUUGCUGCUGCUGCUGAGAAUGUGGAGGUGCCUACUUACACAGAUAUGACAUGUUCUUCAGGGAUCCAAAAGUGUUGCCUGGUACUAAGGGCCUCUGAGAGAUUUACUGCAGCUGCCAAGGAGAUACUAUAUGUGUGCGCUGAGCUCCAUUCAGCAGCUCUGCCACCAGAGUUUGAGGUGCAUUUUGAGAAGGCACCAUAUGCAGAAUCUGGCUUUCCAGUGCACAAGACUGAAAAGAUGGUACAUGUGGCAAAUGUCACGUAUGUGGUAGCAGAUGCAAACUUUACAGGCGAGGCGCUGGAGCGCAGCGUGCUCAACUCCAGCAGCGCCUGGGCCGUGGAGUUCUACGCCUCCUGGUGCGGGGACUGCGUCCACUUCGCCCCCACGUGGCGGGCGCUGGCCGCAGACAUCCUGGAAUGGAGACCAGCAGUGGUACUUGGAGCCUUCAACUGUGCCGACGAGUCCCAUCAGAAAGUGUGUGGGGAUUUUGGAAUAACUGGAUUCCCAACUCUGAAGUUUUUCAAGGCCUUUUCCAAGAGCCCAGAGGAUGGAAAGAGGCUCUAUCCUGGUGACAGCCUUCCAGCUUUGAGACAGAGCCUAAUUACCAACCUAGAGAGGCACCAGGAUGCCUGGCCUCCUGCUUGUCCACCACUGGAACCAGCCAGCACAGGGGAGCUUCGUGGAUUCUUUCAGCGAAACAACGUCACAUACCUGGCCUUGAUCUUUGAGAAGAAUGACUCCUUUGUGGGUAGAGAGGUGAUCCUGGACAUGCAACAAUACGAGAACAUUGCUGUCCGGAGAGUCCUGAGCAGCGAGGAGGAGCUGGUGAAAGAGUACAGCGUAACCACCUUCCCUUCUGCCUACCUGUUUGUCAGCAGUGGCUCCUUCUCGCGUAUCUCUGUGCAGUUGGAGGCUCGAUCUUUCUACACCUACUUCCUGAGGAGGGUGCCUGGGGUCACACGAGACUCUUAUAAGCUGACUCUGAUGCCAGGCACAGAAAACACAACAACUCCUGCCCCUGUAAGACAUGCAGACAGCUCCAAGCUCUACAUGGCUGACCUGGAAUCUGCAUUACACUAUUCCCUGCGGGGAGAGAUAGAGAGGUUCUCUGUCCUAGAGGGAGAGCGGCUGGCAGCCCUGAAACACUAUGUGACAGUGCUGGCCAAGUACUUUCCUGGACGUCCCUAUGUCAAGAACUUCCUGGGCUCUCUGGACACCUGGCUGAAGAACCAGAAACAAUCAAAUAUUUCCUGCAGUGCCUUAGAGGAAGCCUUGAAGAAUAAAAAAAAUGCUCCAAAACCAGCAGUACUGACACACAGUAUGACAUGGGUAGGAUGCCAGGGCAGUAAGCCUCACUUCCGAGGGUAUCCCUGUUCUCUCUGGACCUUAUUCCACCUACUGACAGUUCAGGCAUCAAAGUACAAAGCACGGACUGCAGAGCCGUUAGAGGUCCUUGGCGCUAUGAGAGGCUACAUCCGUUACUUCUUUGGUUGCCAAACCUGCUCGAAGCACUUUGAAGCCAUGGCAGCAGAGUCCAUGAACCAAGUGAAGAGCCUGGAUGAAGCCAUCCUGUGGCUUUGGUCAAGACACAACCGGGCCAACGCGCGGCUGGCAGGUGACCUAACGGAGGACCCCAAAUUCCCCAAGAUGCAGUGGCCUCCCCCAGACAUGUGCCCCUCCUGCCACAACGAGGUCAGUGGACAGCACGUGUGGAAUGAGCCAACUGUGCUGCGCUUCCUCAAGAUCCAUUACUCACCAGCCAAUAUCUACUUUGAUUACACAGAGCCUGAGAGAGUCCUGUUGGCAAGGCAGAGCUGGGAGGUGGGAGGUGGAGAGAAGGUUAUGGGUGAUGGAAGAGCAGACAUGCGGAGGAAAGAGAGAGGAGAGAACAAGGGGGAAGAAGAUAUGGAAGAAGAGGAGGAAGCAGAAGAAAGGAGAGCACAGGAGCCAGAUGGAGUGAUGAUGGAGAGGGAAGUGAGUGUUCUGGAGAGACAGGAGCUGCAUAGGCCGAGCAUCAUCAGGAUGAACCCCAGGGUGAAGGAGCUGGAGGAGGACAUUGUGGACCUGGACUCCUUCAGUGAGCAGCACUUCAAGAGCAAAGCCCUGAAGGAAGCAGCCUUGGCAGCCAGCAGAAAACGGCGGCUGAGCAAGAGGGACACCAUACCGCUGCUGAUGGCAGAUGAUGAUGGCCACCAAGCCUUUGACUACGUGGCUGCUUGGGAGCGCCUGAGGCGACGAGGGCUGGACUCCAAGCAGCUUGUUGGUGCCCUGGAGGAGGAGGGAAGUGACAGUCUAAGGAAGAGACAGUGGUUCCGUGUGCUGGGACUGGGGUUUUCCCGCCUGGAUGUCAGCCUGUGCAUCAUCCUGUACUGCCUCUCCUCCGUGUGCCUGCUGGGCAUGUACACCUUCUUCCGCAUGCGGUUGAGGUCCCGCAAGGGCCGCCCUGGUUUUCCUGUGGCAUAAGGCCUGAAUUUGGGGAGCAGCUGAGGCCACUGGGGAAGGGGCUUGGGGUAGGCACUUCAGGUCAUGUACUGACAGUUCCUUCUGGGUAUCUUUAUCUGAAGAAACAGGGAGGCACCUGACUCUUCAGCAGGGUUGCUAUAGCAGUGGGUGCAGCUGGCAGAUUUCUGGAAUGUUUCUGGCAGCUCAAUGGUCUCUGGCCUUGGCACUGCAAAAACAUGGUGGUGCCCAGUUGGGCAGUCAUGGCUUAUUUUUCUUCAGGGAUCCAGAAGCCUUAACCAUCACCAUCAGCUCCUCUGAGUUAUUCAUUGAAACCACUAUAGGGAUGGUGUUUGGGGCAAGGGGUGCAAUGCUGUAGAGAAUUGUGAGAAACAGGAGAGUUCUAGCUGUCCCCUUGUUCGGAGAAGCUCAGGCUUCCCUCCUUUCUGAGCUCAGGCUAUGAGUGGUGUUGUCCCUUUGGACCAAAUGACACUAGGAAAAUCUCAGUUUGAAAGUUACUUCAGGUAAGCCCAUCACAAAUUGCAUAAGAGCCAUUGCUGAGAGGGUGGUCCAACCUGCUCUUGCUGAUCUAGUUUGAAGACCCUCUUUAGCAAACACCAGGUCUGCAGACUACAGUUCUACCCUGCCUUUGGAUGAACUGGCUUUAGAAAGGUAAAACAGGCCGUUUUAGGGUAAAUCACCAUAAUUUGAAGACAGUGGGUAGAAAAUAAGGCACCAUUUGAGUAAACAAUUAACAUAACUGCCUCUUCCCACUGUCCCUGAAGGGCUGUGGGAGGGCUGGAUAGUGAGGCAUCUCUUGAGCUUUUCUGUUUUUUGUAUCCCGUGCUGAACCAAGAGUUUGAUCAGACUCCUUUUCAUAUUCCAGACAUCCAGACAGACAGCACCUUACAGAAACAGGAGAACUGGUGCUUGAGAGAUGCAUAAUGCUGGGAGGUGCCACUCUGACCAUAUUACUAGGGCUAAGGCAGAUCUCCCAAAUCCUGACUUGGAAACUUUUCUCCACCCCCAACCCAAGAUUUUUGUUGUGAGCCACAAGGGUCCUUAACCUGACUCACCUAAACCCUGUCUUGAAAUCCCAACUACACUGCAGUGUUGGGUUUCUUCUAUGCCAAGUCUGCAUUCUUUUGCAGGGAUGGGGGUGUGCACUGGGCUUAUAUUUGAUUUCUGCUUCUGCAGUUCAGAGCUUCCAUCCUCAGAUCAUAUGUCAAAAGUCACUGCACUUUCAGCUUGGUCAUGCACAAUUCUGCUAGAGCUUUUAAUUUUAUACCUCGUAAGCCUGUGUGGUAGUUAAGAGUGUUUAGUUUUUCUUGUCCCUCCCUUCUGUGUCUGGGGCUACACUAAUAUUGAGGGAAUUCUGUUAUCUGGGUCAUGCUGCAGUUCCUCUGCUGUGGGCAUGUUGCCCCACCUUCUAGUGUUCCUGUCACACUGGGAAGAAAAUGGACCAGCGUUUCCUAUAAGUGUCCCAGGUGGGGGCAGUCUUGGAGAAAACUCUCCCCGUACGGUCAAAAGCUACAGGCCAUCUUUAACUGGAAGUCCUGGGCUGCUCCAAACCUGUGAGCUGCCUAAGAUCAGAGCACUACCCCCUACCUCAGGGGUGGGCAAAAUGUGGUCCAUGGGCUGGAUGCGGCCUGCCAAGCUAUUCUAUCUGGCCCAUGGGGCCCCUAAAAAUUUAGAAAAUUAAUAUUUAUCUGCCCCUGGCUGCCUGUCCUGUGGCCCUCAAUGGCUUGCCAAAACUCAGUAAGCAGCCCUCGGCCUGAAAUAAUUGCCUGUCUGUGCCCUACCUACUUUAUAAGGAGACCAGGACCAUGUCACAUUAGCACAUCCUUUCACCCAUCGGGGUCCUCUCUUAUUGGUUUCAAAAUCCGGGCAACCAAAAUUGGGCAACCACAGUUUUCCAGAUUUGCACCCAGGAUCUUGUUCAAACCCAGACCCACCUGUAUGAAGAGCACUUUAACGUCCUGGCAUUAAAUUUCUGACUUGCAUCCCCACACCUGUUUUGCUUGCUGGUGUUUGUAGUUUAAUUCAAUCCUUCUAUUUAAUACAAACAUCAUGUUGCAGCUGAUGUUGAACUGAAGAAGGGGAGUUGGACUGGAGGAAUCCUAAUGAAAAUCAUAGAAAUGAUGAGUCAUAUCUAAAUCAUCCCCACUCAUUCAUCCAGUUCUUCCAGGCUACACAUUCCCCUUCUUGCAUUCACAUGUCUGUGUAGAUUGUGAGCUCUGCAGGACCUUGCCUUAUAUCCUAAAAAUAAUGACCAGUAUGUCUCCCUCUGGAUAGCUGCAUGUUGUGAAAAGUAGAGCUGCUGUCAACUUCCUGGGGACCCCAUCCACCUGGUUCUUCCUUUGCAGGUUAUCUUCAAAGGUGCUAGGUAACUAGUCUAAAAUUAAGACCAAGAUUUCCAAAAGGAAUGGGAGAUUUUGUUUGCUCAAUCUGAGACCCCUUAAAAGGGACUUGAUUCUUUUCAUAGGUCUUGUGCCUUUAAAGAGGGAUCAAGUUUGGCAUCUGAAAUAAUCAAUACUUUUGAAAUUGGUAAGAAGGACCUCCUGUACUCACUCCAAGGGUUUGCUGGGGUUGGGAAGAGGGGAAGGAACUGUGCUACCCUAUCACUGAUGAGGGAGAGCUUAAAAUAGCCCAGCUGCCUCUGCUGCUGUGAGGUCUGAUCCAUUUCAGGCAGCAGUAAAAGUACCAGUGGCUAACCCAUGCAUGUUUUGCCCCAAGUAAUAGGUGACUACAGCUCCCUCUCCUGCAGACAGUAUGGAGCUGUUGUCAUCUCUUGCCAUUUUUAUUUUUUUAACAUCCAAAACUCUUCUAUUCUUAUUGCAAGCGAAUGAGGUUCGAAUGUCCUGAAAUUUGGAAUUGGGUGACAACCUGUUGGAGCCCAAGAACACUUGUGCUCUCAGCCACUCCAUCUCAUCAGUGCCCUUGGGAGCCACCUGGCCUCUGCUUCUCUCCUUUCCCUUGCAUGGGCUUUGCCUGUCCUUAAGUAGACCCUUCUGAGGUUUGCCCUGAGCCAACAGAGAUGCUUCUGGCACUGAGAUGUGAUGCAAGGGAGUUGGAACAGGGACUCUUCUGAGCAGUGUUUAUAAAAAUCAGGGCUGGGAUAGCUGAUCUCUUUGCUCCUUUGAAAAAUGCACUCAACCUUGGUGUCAGUCUUGAAAAGCUGACAGAGUGCUGCCUGCCUCUCCCUGAACCCUACCUUUGGCUUGGUUGGUAGCCCUUGGGAUAGGAAAUCUGCUCAAAAAGUUCUGCUCUGUAGUGGGUGAAGGAGUAUCUUUUUAUUUUUUUGUUGUAGCAACAGGUUGGUUUGGUUUAACUUUCUUCUCUUUAAAGGGGUGAGUUGGUUUGUAAUCCAUCAUCUUCCCUGUUCUCUGGAAGAGAGAAAGUCUCCAAGUGCCUGGCUUCUCAUGCUGUCAUUGUGUCUAUGCUUGUGUUAGUAGAAUAAAUUAUUUUUGUUAAUAAACGUUCUGUUGUGUUGAAUCACAGGGUGUGUAUAAAGUCUGCUGCAUUCAUGUGUCUCAAUGUGGGUGACACAGGGCAAGAUCCUCUCAGUCAUUGUACAUGAGUCUUGUUCAUUCAGUUCAACUGGGACCUGGGCCCGGACCCAUUUCUGCCAGCUGUCCAGCCCUCAUGUCCUGUCCUCUUUACUGUUGUCACUUCCCCUUGCACCUUUAAUGCCUCUUGCUUCUGGUUUAUUUCAAGCAACUGUCCCCCCCUGCCACUUUUUUGGCAAACCCUGGCUCCAGUUCCUCCCCUUCUGGACAUAACUAGGCUGUGCUGCAUGGUGCUCCACUCAGAGUGGCCUGUGGGAAUCUGCUUAAAGGAUCCUAACACCCUCCAUUGUGUACACAUCUCUGCAUCUUUGUCUCCACCGUUGAACCCUCACUUCUAUUCUGCUAUAACCCUCAAAGCUAAACAACCCCUUGCUCUAACCCAGACACUGGAUUGUAUCAGUUUUCAUCCAAAUUAACAAAUAUUUUUACAAGUUCUUUAUGCUCCACUUCCCACCCCAACUCCAAGAUUUGGUUCUUUCCUUCCUGUGCUCCCCUCGUAUCUAGCCCAUGCACUAUACUGAAGUGAUCUAUAGUCUGGUUUUCCCUUCAUACCUAUUAACUUCACAAGUCCUACUGUGAAGAACUCCUCCACCUUCCCUCACUUUUGCCUGCUUGUAAUCCACCAAAAAUCUCGCAUCACUUCUGUCCUGGCAGUGUGAAGACUGGUCAUGGCUGUUUCCAGAGGCCCAUCCCUGGUAGCUAGAUGGAGUGGCUGGAAAACAGCAUGAUGCAUUUGUGCUGCUAUGC